AUAACAGCAAAAGAAAACAAAGUGCCAUGGGGAACGACGGGUGUGAUCAGGUGAAUGAAGAAAAUAAAAGCCAAAAUGGCGAGAUGCAACUCAAAAGAACCAUAGGAUAUUUCGAAGGUGCCAGCUUUAUCGUGGGCACCAUUGUAGGGGCAGGGAUCUUUGUCUCCCCCACUGGAGUGCUGAAAUAUUCUUUGCUCAACGUUGGGGUUGCAUUGAUCAUCUGGACAGCUUGUGGCAUCAUUUCGUUGAUGGGCGCUCUCUGCUAUGCAGAGCUGGGCACAGCUUUACCCUUUUCAGGAGGAGAAUAUAGCCACAUCAAGAGAGCCCUGGGCUCUCCAUUGGCUUUCAUCUUUCUGUGGACGGCAGUGUUCAACAAACCAGCCUCAAAUGCCGCUCGGGCCUUGCUGUUUGCUGAGUAUGCUACCAAGCCUUUCUACGGCGAGUGCCCGGUUCCCGACAUACUGAAGAAAUGUCUAGCUUUGGCGGUCCUCUGGUGUCUCGGGAUCCUCAACGGUCGAAGUGUCAAGAUGGCUGCUUGGGUGCAGACUGUUUUCACCGUCUUGAAGAUGAUGGCGCUCUCUGUAAUUGCGGUUGGUGGGAUUGUCCUGCUGAUAAGGGGGAGGAAAGAGAACGUAGCAAGAUUUGAGAAUGCCUUCGGCUCAGAGAUCCCAGAUGCUGCGCAGGUUGCAGAAGCGUUUUACCAGGGGCUCUAUGCAUAUGGCGGCUGGUGGUCUCUCAACUAUUUGUCAGAGGAAGUUAAAAAUCCGAGCAGGAACAUUCCAUUGACUGUGAUGACAACACUUCCUUCAAUAACUGUGUUUUACUUGCUUGUGAACAUUUCAUACCUGACAGUUCUCACACCAAAGGAAGUUGUCUCCUCAGUCGCUGUAGCAGUCACUUGGGCUGACAGGGUGAUCCCUUCAGUUGCCUGGAUAAUUCCUGCAUCUGUGGCCAUCUCCAUAUUUGGCGCCCUCAACAGCAGCGUAUUUACACUCGGACGACUGACCUAUGCUGGAAGCCAAUCCGGACAUUUGCCCACCAUAGUAUCCAUGCUCAAUGUCCACCACUGGACCCCAGCACCAGCCAUGAUUUUCUCAACUGUCGUUGCGUCCAUUUUUAUUAUCCCAUCAGACUUAAUUGCUUUAACCAACUAUUUUGGCUUCUCCGUUUGGCUGAUGAUUGGAUUAACUUGCACUAGCCUGAUUGUCCUCCGCUACCGAGAACCUAAUCUACACAGGCCGUACAAGGUUUUCUUACCUGUCGCUUUCGGGAUGGUGGCGAUUUCACUGUUCUUAGUUUUAGCUCCUAUAGUCUGGUCUCCAAAGGUGCAGUACAUUUACGCUUCCAUUUUUAUGCUUGGGGGUCUCCUGUUAUAUGUGCCGUUUGUCCAUUUUAAAAUUCAUUUUGCAUUUAUUGACAAAAUCACUUGCUAUCUGCAGCUCUUGCUGGAGGUAUCACCUCCUCAUUAUAAAUCUGAGUAAGGGCAAAGGUUCAUACUUGGCUGCAUUUUUAAAAUUUUAUUUUAGUGAACAACAUGGCUUGGAUCUAGAAUAGCAUAAGUGGAAUAUUGCUUCCUACAGCCAUCUCUCCAAGGGGGUGGGGGAGACAGUUGGUUUUAAUGCAGACCCACCUAAUUUUCAUUUCUUGAAACAAUAUGCAAACUGAAAUGCAACUCGCUGUUGAAAUUUGCACUUCUGAUUUUGCAAUGCUGUUCUCCAACCCAAAGAAAUGUGGAGAAAAAAAUUGUAUAUUAUGGGAAAUUAUGCAGUAAAAUGCGUAUAUCAUAUCUUCCAACAGCUUGUGUCUCAAAACUGGGAUGCAUGUCUUCCCACCUGUGCUCCCAGGUGAGUCAAAUGACCCACAUGAGAUCAUGGAGCCCAAAAUACAUACUUUCUUUUGGGAGAGAUCUUGUCAUG